AUGACUUCGCCAGUUGCAUCGCCGCCUUCCUCUGUGCCCUCGUCUCCACGACGAUCGCUCUUCCACAUUCCGGGACUCUCCAAGAAGAACUACACGCCUUCGUCCUCCGACGGAGCGACCACGCCUGGUGGACACGUCACCAACAUUGCGCAGACGCCCAUUCUGGAAUCGUCGAACCCUCUUGAAAAAUCUUCGGUGCCCGCUGAAGCUCGCGAGCAGCAGAUCGUAGGAGUUCCAGGCGCCAAGCUUGAAUCGGACACGGCCAAGAUCCUGAUCGCACUCGACGGAACCGAAGCGGGAGACAAAGCGUUCAAGUACCUGCUCGAGAACAAGCUGCUGAAAACCGACAGCCAUGUUUUCCUGUGCACGGUGCUGCCAGCCAACGUGAUUUCGACUCCCUGGGUUGCAGGCCCACUCACCAUCGAUACGGAACGCCACAACGAGCUGUUGAAGACGAUUCGCGCUCAGGCAAUCGAGAAAUUGGAACCAUACAAAGCUCAGCUCAAACAGAAAGGCUUCAACGUCACCAUCCACGUCCUCCAUGGUGAUGCUAGGGCAAGCUUGUUGAGAGUCGCAAACUACCACCAUGUCGAUCUUGUCCUCGUCGGAAAGAGAGAGAGGAAUUGGAAGAAGGGUCUCACCACUGCCGGUACCGUUUCGAGCUAUUUGGUCUCCCACUCCAACGCUCCUGUUCUCGUUAUCAAAUAG